AUGCUCUUUCAAAACGAAAAGAGUUCUUUGAUUUUUUUGUUUUCAAAAUCACUUUCGCUCGCAGCAUAUCUGGCAACUUUUUACAUUUUGAUUCGCGUUGCUUGCGAAACAUACAAGCCAUACGUCCCAUCCCUUUUAAACCCGCAUCGACCAGAGUUCGCGAGAUACGUUAUUGAUUACUAUCCAAGCAAGAGACAUAAAACUUGUAUCUCAACGAUUUCCACGCAACAAAGAAAAACAGCUAGAGGAGGAAAAAGCAUUCACUUCAAAAUAUUGCAAAGGGUCAGUAAAAAGAAAAGAAAUUUACAAAAAGAGAAUACCAACGAUUCCAAAGUGAACCGAGAAGACAAUGAGAAACCGUUAGACCUUCAGAAACCUUCCGUUCCCAUCAACCCUAUUCCCAAUAAAUUGGUUCAACAAUCGAGGACUUUGAAUUUAGAUCUUACACCGGAACAAGUUUUAUGUGACGCGCGUGAUAGAUUAAGUUGGUCCAUGAAGUCGAAAGUUGCGUUUAAAAAGUAUAAUGUGAACUCCACUAAAAAUGUUGAUAUGAUCGAAUUAGAUGAUGGCUAA